AUGCUCUUUAUCAACAACACAAACUGCAUCUUCUCCAGCUUCCUGGUCACAGGCUUCCCAGGGCUGGAUGCUGCACGCGUCGGGAUCUCCGUACCCUUCUCCGCCAUGUUCCUCAUUACCUUGGUGGGCAAUGUGACCAUCAUGACAGUUAUUUGGAGGGAGCAGACCCUCCACGUGCCCAUGUACCUCUUCCUGGCCAUGCUAGCUGCCUCUGACCUGGGCCUGGCCCUCUCCACCUUCUCAACCACACUGCACAUCCUCUGGCUGGAUGCUCGAGAGCUGAGCUUCCCUGCUUGCUUCACCCAAAUGUUCUUUAUCCACACGUUUCAGGUAUUUGAGUCUGCUGUUAUUCUGGCCAUGGCCUUUGACCGCUAUGUGGCCAUUUCACAUCCACUUCACUAUUCCUCCAUCCUCACUCACAGUGUGAUUGCUAAGAUAACUCUGACUAUUGGUGUUCGAACUUUGACAUUACAGGUGCCUUUGCCUGUCCUCUUGAAGAGGCUGUGCUUCUGCCACUCCAAUGUACUUUCUCAUUCCUAUUGCCUGCAUCCUGACAUAAUAAAGCUCUCCUGCUCCGAUACCAGGAUCAAUAGCAUCUUUGGACUGUUUGUGGUGCUCUCCACCAUGGGACUCGACUUCCUCCUCAUUCUCUUCUCUUAUGUGUUGAUUCUGAAAACUGUGCUGAGCAUUGCAUCCCAUGGUAGGUGCCUCAAGGCUCUCAACACCUGCAUCUCGCACCUGUGUGCUGUGGUCCUCUUCUUCACCCCCAUGAUCUGCCUGUCUAUGCUGCACCGCUUUGGCCCAAGGCUUCCCUCCCAAGUCUAUGUGACCCUGGCCAACAUGCACUUCCUCAUUCCUCCUGUGAUGAACCCCAUCGUGUAUGUGGUGAAAACCAAGCAGAUUCGAGACAAAAUCCUGAAACUUUUCUUUAAAAAAGAAACUGCAGAAUAA